UCAUAUGUUUUAGGCUUGUACCAACAGGCAGUUGGUUUUACACACAAAGCUCAGUUUAUCUCUCUCUGUCUCUCUUCCUCUCGCUCCAACGACGUACUUUGUUUCUCUCGUUUUAUUGUAACAGUGAACGCGAGUGUUUCAAAUCGGCUACUUAUCUCAGCCAUUAUAUAAAACGAGCAAAUGAAGAGACGCUGGCUUUUCUACUUGUUUCUUGUGUUGGCGAUUUUCUGCCUGAGCACGGAUGGCGCAAAAGCCGGUGGCAUCGGACGCUCCAGAGUUCACGGUGGAAGGGGCAGACUGGCGGCUGCAUCACCCGUACAAAUUUUGAUACCAAAUCGUAAUCCAGCAAGUGCUAUUUAUUAUGGACACAAAGACGGGGCCAGAAUCGUGAAAGCAUCGCAUUUCGAGUUGGAUUACAUGCUUGGAAGAAAAAUCACUUUUUUCUGCAUGGCAAGGGGAUAUCCGAGACCAGAAAUCACGUGGUUCAAGGACGGGAUUGAGCUCUAUUACCACAAAUUUUUCCAGAGCAAUAUGCCUCGACUAGUGAGCGUCGCAAUUGUUCUCGCAAUAUUGCUUAUCAGCUCUCAAGAAAUUUUGGGCAGGCGAGGCAGAGCUCGGGGCAGGAGCAGAUCUCGUACUCAAAUUGGUCUACCGAUCACAGGAAAAUACAGAGAUCCCGAAAGUGAUCAGUACUACAACAAUAAUAAUGGGGCCAAAAUUCUGUUAGCAUCACAUUUUGAUUUGGAAUACGUGCUGGGACAUAAGAUAGCUUUUCUCUGCGUUGCCCGGGGGAAUCCAAGGCCACACAUAACGUGGUUCAAAGAUGGCAACGAGAUUUACACGCAUCUUUAUUUACACGUACACGAGUGGCAAGUGGGUCCUGACAAGGUGAAAUCGAAAUUGGAAAUUGAUCCGGCCACCCAAAUGGAUGCAGGAGUUUACGAAUGCACAGCUGACAACAUGUACAGCAUCGAUCGCCGUUCGUUCAAAACAGAUUUCUCCAUUGCCUUCGACUAAUCUCGUUUACCGAUCAAAUUUCAUAGUACGUUCUUUUGGCUCAAUACGAAAUACAAAAAGAAACUUUCGCUCUUCCCAAUUCCGUCGCGAUUUUAUAGAUUUAAAUGUAAUAUUUUGUAUUAAACGAUUUUUAGACUGUGCAA